AGUUGAUAUAUUGUGAUGCAUAAAAAAAUGUUGGAAUAGAUGUCUUUCUCUGGAAACGAUUACAGCAGGUUUCUAUCUCAAGGGAAUGCACCUGUUCCUCGUGCUUCCAGAUCUCAAGGCACUGUUCCUCGUGCUUCCAAUUCUCAUGGGAAUGCAUCUAGAAACUGUAAUCCACCCUCACCAGCCAGUCAAAACCAACAAGCCGGUCUGUCUCCUCCACCAUCCAAUCAAAACUCUCCUAAUCCAUCUCAUUCAGCUACUCAUCCACCAACUGGGCGUCUCAACGAUCUGACAUUGGAGGAGCUCCUUGACAGUCCGGGGCGUCAGUCUCUUCAGAGACUAGAUCCAAAUCGUCCUCCGGGAACUCUCUGGUUUGACAUUGAUGUAUCAGUUGCAGCUUCUGUCCGCAAGAUUUUUGAAAGAGAUUUCAAGGAACCUCAUGCCAAUUGGACACAGACUCCUGAUGCAGUGGUCAAUCGUUGGUAUGAGACUUUUGCGCAAAUGUACAACUGGGACAAGUCCAUAAAUGAGAGAGUUAGAGAUGAGUUUGAGGACAAGUUGAAGGAUAGGAUGUCUGAUCAAGUUUCUCGAAAUAGGAGUAUCAACAGUAGAAAUGCUCGAUAUCAUGAUCCCGUUGGCCUUGGUAUAUCUAAACACCGUUCUGGCCAGACCUCUUUCAAAUCCCGUGCCAGAAAGCAUUGUGAGGAGACUGGUGAUUCAACACCAGAUUUUCUGGUGGUUCUUGAGCAAACUCAUCGCAAACCUGAUGGGACUUUCAUUGAUAGAAAGUCAGAGGAGAUCUACAAGGAAGUGUCAUCAAGGAUUGAAGAGGAGGAGUCUCAGCUGUUUACAGGGGAUAAUACAGAGAGCUCUGCUUCAGGUGGAUUAUCAGUGGCUGCCAAGAACAAGAUCUAUGCUCAGGUUGCUCCAAGGAAGAAAGGAAGGUUGUAUGGGGUUGGUUCUCUGCAGAAUGAAGCAUCCUCAGUCCAUGUUGGUCCACUGCCUACUCAUAAUGAUCGAGAGGUUCUAUUGGAGAAGCUUGCUGCUGCUGAAGCUCGUCUUCAACUUCAGGCUGAGAAGAUCAAUAGCUUCGAUGCCUAUUGGCAAUACCUCGCAGAGAAGGAUCCAGUGUUUGCAGGCAUGUAUCAAGGACCAUCCGAACCGGCAAAUGCAGAAGCCACAAGAACUGCGGAGGGCAACGAGGCCGGAGGCGAUCAGACCGGAACCGAUCAGACCGGUGGAACUGAGACAGGAACUGGUACCAGACCAGCCUCCUCUACUUCACAAGCUUUUUAAUUUCUCUGUGUUAAGACUUGGUUUAAGUCUUG